GAGGAAAGACGGUAAACGUCCUCUACGAAACGGUGAUCCUCAGCGAGCAUUAGCCACUCAAACACACCCACAAAAGUGAGUGUUGUCAACAAACGAAGAGGACUGUUAAACACGGGGAAAGAAAGCCGAUAGGAGCUGAAGUCAGUGCAUCUCCUGAACUCUUCUGUCUCAUCAUGUCUCUGUCAGGAUCUCAAACACCGGACGAUGCUCUGCACGGUUCUUGGGUGGAGCUGGAGGGUCUGGUGGGAUCUGCAGGUCACACAGAAGAAGGGUUAGGAGCACAGGACACCACCGCCUCCUUCCUGCAGGGGGAGCUGGAGAGGAUUCUGCUGGAAGCUCAGCUGGAGUGUGAGAGGAGCAGUCAAACAGAGAGUCCUCCACAGGUCGUGACCCCGAGAACAUCUGGAUCUCCUAAACCAGCCAGUGAGGGCAGCAGCAGCAGCACAGACUGUGUUACUAUACAGUCGGAUGAGAAUGACAGGCAAGUGAGUGCUGAAUGGGUGUGGGAUUGGUCCAGUCGGCCAGAAAACCUCCCGCCCAAGGAGUUUGUGUUUCAUCACCCAAAGCAGUCAGGCUCUCUGAGCGUGAGGAAGACUGAGGUGAUGAAGAGGGGUUUGUUUUCCUCAGACGUGCUCCUCAUCCUCCUGCCCUCUCUGCUCGCCUCACAUGCUCUGACGCUGGGUCUGGGAAUAUACAUAGGGAAACGGCUGGCAUCCUCCUCCACCAGCACGCUGUGACAUGUGACAUUUGGCAGCUCACCGAUUGGCUUAGACCGCUGCCGCUAGCACUGUAGCCCAAUCACGCCUCUCUUCUCCUCUUGUGAUGGGCAACUGCCUCUUCUGUCUCUGUCUGUCCCACCACAAAACGAGUCUGUCUGUCUGUCUGUCUCCAAACGGGUCAUAUCGUGAGGAAUCCAUUUUCAGAUAAAAGAGCCUGAUGUCUUGUGACAAUAUACUGUUUCAGAAUAAAAAGCAUUUAUUAAAACAAAGCUACAAAAACAACUUGUUCUGAACUACUCGCUAAUAAAUAGAUUUAGAUAACAAACUGUUAAACUUAAUGUGAUGCAUAAUGUUAAAACUCCAAAUGGAUGAACAUUUGAUAUGCAAUUCAAACGUUAUCACAUGACUGACCACAUUUAGAUAUACAUUUUUUGUUUGCUCAGAACAGGUUGAAAAUUUUCAGGCAAAGAACUUUGUUUUUGUUGCAAAACAAUGAAUCCAAUCAACUUUAGCAUUAGAUAUGUGGACCUAAGUGAAAAAAUAUAUAUGAUUUGACUCCCUGUGCAUCUUUUUAGGACUAAACUGUCCCUCUAAAUCUUUUUUGUAUUGUUUCUCUUUUAUUGUUCAUAUGUGUGUCACACAGAUAAAGACAUUUAGCUGAAACAGUGUAAAUGAAGAGAAAACCAACAAUUAUUUUACAUCUAAUUCCAGAUCAAAUGCAAAACAUGCAUUCAGCUUGACAGGGUGUUUGUUCGGAGUAUUUAUGGAGCAAAUAAUAUGAUAAAUCUUGUGUUGCACUAUUGUGUUUGCGAUAUAGACCCAUUUCGUGUUGAAAUGUGAAGGCAACUGGAGAAUAAUCUCGUUUGUAACGACUCGACCUCAAUAAACACUCUCACCACCUUC